AUGGAAUAUAGGACUAAUAUCACAGAUUUUAUCCUUUUAGGACUUUCUCAGACCAAAGAGGUAGAGAUUCUCUGCUUUUUAGUGUUUUUGCUUUGUUACAUUGCAAUUUUGAUUGGUAACCUGCUUAUCAUGAUUUCUAUCACCUGCAGUCCACUCAUUAAUCAGCCCAUGUAUUUCUUCCUGAGCUAUCUCUCACUCUCAGACCUGUGUUACACCUCCACUGUGACUCCCAAGCUAAUCAUGGACUUACUGGCAACAAAGAAGACCAUUUCCUACAACGGAUGCAUGACACAGCUCUUCGCCAUGCACUUCUUUGGGGGUGUUGAGGUUUUCAUUCUCACGGGAAUGGCCUAUGACCGCUACGUGGCCAUCUGCAAGCCUCUGCACUACACCAUCAUCAUGAACAGGCAGAGAUGUGAUGCCAUGAUUGCUGCUUCCUGUGCUGGGGGAUUCCUGCAUUCCUUUGGCCAGUUUCUUCUGGCCAUCUUUUUACCCUACUGUGGCCCCAAUAAAAUAGAUCACUACUUCUGUGAUGUGUAUCCUUUGUUGAAACUGGCCUGCAUGGACACAAGCAGAAUUGGUUUCUUGGUCAUUGCCAAUUCAGGUGUGAUGGGUGUGGUGACUUUUGUGGUACUGUUGAUAUCAUAUGCUGUGAUACUGCACACUGUCAGGUCCUACUCUAUGGAGAAUCGUCGCAAAGCUCUUUCCACAUGCAGUUCACACAUCAUUGUGGUGGUCCUGUUUUUUGCUCCCCUACUGUUUAUUUACAUCCGACCAGCAACUACUUUUCCAGAAGACAAAGUGUUCGCUCUCUUUUAUACCAUCAUUGCCCCUAUGCUCAACCCUCUAAUCUACACACUGAGAAAUGUGGAGAUGAAGAAUGCCAUUAAGAAGCUUUGGUGUCAUCAAAAUCUACUAAAAAUUAAAUUGACAUGCAUAAAAUAUUUAUUAUUCUUGAUUUAUGGAAUUAAAAUGCUAUUUAUUAUUCAUUAUUGUCUCACUCUAAAGAAAGAAUGUCAGUUAAUGAUGGAAAUGAAAACUGUUCAGCAAGUUCACUCAUUUAUCAUAUUUACAUUAAUGUGUUAUGGAGUGAUAGUCAUAAUUGCAAAGACAGAGCAAUGGAGCAUGCAGAGAUGGCUCCUUGGUGGGCGAGCCCUGUAUGGUCAUGGGGAGCACUCCGGUUUUAGGGUUUUAGGAAAUGCCCUGAGGGUGGUACAUGGAGACUCAAGUACUAGUUUUAUACUCUCAAGUGCAUCAGUUUUCUGGGGACCCUUGGAUGAUGUAAACAGAAAACACCAGUGUUUUACCCAAGCACCCACCGCCUUAUCUCCUUCACUUUGUUUCAUCUCCUGA